AUGGCCAUGUUAACCAUUGCAUUUGUAAUUAUACCAGACUUGUUUCCUACCGGAGGAGGAGUUGAGGAACUCGUCUUCGCCAAGAAUAUUAGUUUUAGCAUUCCUAUUACUUAUCAGUUGCCGCCUCACCCUCCUUAUAUUGAUCUACAUAACUCUUCCACACAUGUUAUUGGUGCAGAUAGAGAGCAUUUGAAGAAGGUACUUACUGGAGAAGUGUUUGCUCUUAUAAGUACACAACAUUAUCCAAUGACGCUAUCUCUUGACACUACAAGUGAUCUUACUUGGGUUCAAUGCAAGCCUUGUGAACAAUGUUAUCCAAAAUACAACCCAAUGUAUAAUCCUGCAAAUUCAUCAACUUUUAUGAAUACCAUGUGUGGAGACCAGUACUGCAAGAUUGAAGCUUACAAUUACUACAAGAAAGAAGUUGAUAGAGUGAUGCGAUUCUGUACUGAUGAUAGAAGAUGCUUAUUUGGGCAUGCUUAUAGAGCUGACAAAAAUGUUAUGGGUUCUUUAGUUUCUGAUUAUUUUGAGUUUCAAGAAAUGACUGACACCGAGAAAGUAUUCCAUUCACAUUUAACAUUUGGAUGUGCUCACUCAACCAUAGGAAGUUUUAACAGAGAAGCAGAUGGUGUUUUAGGUUUAGGACAAGGACCUUUUUCACUUAUUUCCCAAUUGGAGAUUGGGGCCUUUUCUCACUGUUUACCAUCUCCAAACAGUGGUAAAACCUCUUAUAUUUUGUUUGGAGAUGCAGCUCAAACUAGAGGCCCAGGUGCACACAUGAUUUUUAACCGGAGAUAUCCUUCACGCUAUUAUUUGAAACUCCACAGUAUAGCCUUACUUGACAAUCAAAAGAAGAUCACUUUAGAUGGUAUUCCAUCAAAUACAUUUGCCUUUGAUAAUGAUGGUUUUGGAGGUUUUUAUCUUGAUAUUGGUACACCCUUUAUAAACCUUCCUCAGGUGGCUUAUCAAGAGCUUCGCAAGGUGCUUCAUAGUACACUCUUGGACUAUAACAUUAGACCUAUUGUUUCUAGUGAUCCUUCGGCCUUUUGUUUUGAAGCUUCAUUUGAUGAUGUUCAACACAUCAGUCUGGUUUUUACUGUAAGUUUGCAUGAUCUUAUUCUCACCGGAAAUCAAUUGUUUUAUGAGAAUUUUGAUUCGAAAGGAGUUAUCUGUCUUGGUGUUGUGGAAUCAAAAUCCAAGGAAACCAUUCUAGGAAGAAAUGCUCAAACUUCUCGUAACAUCGGUUAUGAUUUUGAUGUUGGUUUGAUUACCUUUCAAGAUAUGGAAUGCUAA